GGAGGCGGAGCUACGACGCUGCUACCGGCUACUCGUCGCCUUCGCCUCCAACAGCCACAUUUCAAAUUAGAAUAUGGCGACUGCUCUCUGCGCUCUGCAGUCCGCCGGCACCGCCACCAACAAACCAGCCAAGACCCACAACCGACAGCAGCAGCGGAGGAAAGCGAAGGACUCCCGGCGGAGACAGGCGGCUCUGUUGUUUCUCAACAAUAUCUCACUCGACGGACGGCCACAGUGUCAGCUUAUUGAUAGAAAUGCCGACCAUACAGCCACCGAGGAGCCCCCAUUCAGGGACGGAGACGGCAGCUCCACGGCGGUGCCACCACCGGCGGACAGCCAAGGACCGGUCGCCCAGGUGACAGACCCCGCUCCGGCUGGUAAUGGUUCGUCCUCCAGCUUCCCGGGGGUGGUCAGUCCCGUCCGACCAUCUUUGGUAAUGUCUCCGGGACCGGCCGGGACAAGUGUUGUGGGAGCCAACGAGGUAUUUUUGGAGGGUGGCAGCGCGGCCGAGACGUUAAACCUCGACACCCCCGUGUCUCCGGUCCCCACAACGCACCAGCCCUGCUCUCGUGUCAGGUCGACGCCCGCCGUCCUCAGCCCGGUUCCGGCUGGUAAUACUCUGGAUUCACGGCAGAGGCUGAGGAACGUGUCUGGUUCUCCUGGAUCCAAGGUGCCAAAGAAAGUCCACUUCAUCAAGAGCAUGAGGCAGUACGAUACCAGAGGAUGCAGGAUCAUGCUGAUUUGUGCCAAGCGGUCGCUAUAUGCUGCUUUCUCAGUGCUGCCCUAUGGAGAGAGUACUCAUCUCAGUGAUCCCAAGCUGGAGGUGCAGAGACAAAGGCUGUCCUCCGUGGUGGCUGCUGACCUGCUUCCCUCCCUGGAAGGUGUGGAGCUGGGCGCCUAUGGAAAGACCGUGUCCUACGCUCAGUUCCUCUAUCCGACCAACGCCUUGGUGAGACAGAAGAGCGGCGGUGCGCCAGAGAACUGCACGACUCAGACCCCUCAGUCGCGUUUCCGUGGCAACGGGCAGAAGAACUUCACCCCUGCUCGUCUGAACAGCGGCGCGGCGCAGGACACAUGCACGGAGGAGGCGGCAGAGUACGACCCCAACCUGCUCAGCGACCCCCAGUGGCCCUGUGGGAGGCACAAGAGGGUUCUGAUAUUCGCAUCAUACGUGACGACUGUUAUUGAGUACGUGAAACCGUCUGACCUGAAGAAGGACAUGAAUGAGACUUUCAAAGAGAAGUUCCCUCACAUUAAGCUGACUCUGAGCAAGAUAAGAAGCCUGAAGAGGGAGAUGAGGGCCGUGAGUGAGGAGUGUGGCCUCCAGCCGGUCACCAUAGCGAUGGCUUUUGUUUACUUUGAGAAGCUGGUGCUGCAGGGACGUCUCAACAAGCAGAACAGGAAGCUGGUGGCGGCGGCGUGUGUGUUGCUGGCUGCAAAGAUCAGCAGCGACCUACGGAAGCCCGAUGUCAAGCAGCUCAUUGACAAGCUGGAGGAGCGUUUCCGUAUAAACAGGCGGGAGCUGAUUCCUCUGGAGUUUGCGGUGCUGGUUGCCUUGGAGAUGGGACUCUACCUCCCCGAGAGCAAGGUCAUGCCGCACUACCGCAGACUGGUGCAGCAGGGUUAGUGGAUGUGGUGGCAUUUGACACCAGCAAACAUGUGUGUGUGCAUGAGACCACUUCAUUCAAACCAGAGUAAACGUGAUGGGUCGACCAGUUUAUAAGCUGUGGUGUUUGAAAGUAAUAAUCCUGGUACUAUUUAUUUUCACUGUAAAUCACUAGUUUACACUCGAUGGUGUGUGUGUGUGUGUGUGUGUGUCUUCGAAUGUCUUUAUGUGUGUGACGUUCAGGUCCAGUCAUGAGCUCUAUGUUAGAGAUGUUCAAUGAGCACGUUAAUUGUGCUUCUAUUUUCAUUUCUCGUUUGUAUUCAUUUUUUUUUAAAUGAAUAUUCUUGACUUCUAUUUAAAUGAAACGUACACCGUGAUGUCUGUGUUUGUGAAAAAAAAAAACUCCUCACCUGCACCUUUCUGAUUAUUUUUUAGCCUGUAUGUAUUUAUUGUUACUGACAGAGAAACAUGUUGUGGAGUUUUUGUAAAUGCCUUUGAAACCCACUGUGACACUGAAGCAUUUUUAGCCAUUUGAAUGAAACAUGAUACUGUAGACUGUGGGGGAAACAUCUUUAGUGAAGGACGUGGCCUUUAAUUUGUUCAUUUGAUAUUUUAUACUGUUUGUCUCACAGGUUUGAAGAUUUAUCUGAUAGUGAUAUUAGUUCAGACUCUGGAGGCAGCUUUUGCAGUUUGUCAACUGAAAAAACAAAGCAAAAAACUAUGGACUAUGGAGUCGUAUUAUUUAUAGUAAAUGUGUGUUUUUUUGUUGUUUGUCUAUGUGAUUAUCCAGGGACACAUUUUGCACUGGACUAGUUGUCAUCUUUCAGUUCUCAGGAAUUUUUCUUUUUCAUUUUUUUUUUGAAUAGCUCAUAAAAUCAAACCCAAAGAAGUCGUGACUGAAAUCACGUGUGCUCUAUUGUACGUCAGUGGAAGAUAAUUCAUUGUUGGGCUUUUAUUGUGACUCUUGACUACGUGAAUCAAUGUGAGAGUCAUUUCUGUGAGUACCGGACGGAUAAAUGUUCAAGUGUGGGGGGAAAAAAGUGCCUGAAAUCGCAGGGAAAUGGUUAACAAUCGUGAUAAGUAAUUACUUAGCAUUGACAUUUCUCCAUCUCACUGCGGUCUGUUUUCAACGUUCUCAUCUCGGAGUAUAAUCAGACUUCUUUGUGGACGUGAUGGUGAUUCAGUUUAUCUUAUUGCGUGCGUCUAUCGUGGUGAAAAAUGUGUUAAAAUAUACGGCCAAAUAACUCCUCUGUUGCUGCAGGAAACGUACGGUGGGUGUCUAAUUGGUAAAUGUCCGUUGUGUGUUAAAACUUUGUUGUAAAAUGAAUGAUUUUGAAAUAUAUUUUAAGACAGUGAAAAGCGAAGAGCUUGUUUGUUUUCCUUGGUGAAUAUGCAUUUUUACUCCUGGUACUAAAUAAAAACUAAAGUAACCGUUCA